AUGGAAGGAAAGAAAAAAUGGGAAGAUGAAGCCGUAGAACUACUGAGCGAGCAGUUAAGAAUAGAGAAUUUUGCUUUUUACUUUUACCAAUCGGCGUAUCAGUACUGCAAUAACAGGGAGAUAGCCUUGCCCAGCAUCGCCAAUUUUUUCUAUAAACAAUACAACGAAGAGCUGACACACGCCAAAGGAAUAAUCGAUUAUAUGAACCAAGUUGGGUUGCGUCCAAACUUUAAACCAUUGUCUUUGGACAGGACAGACUAUAAAUCGCUUGUGGAGGUGUUCGAGCUUUCGCUUGAAUACGAGGAAGAAUCAUACAAGCAUAUUUUGAAAUUAUACAGAGCAGCAGACAAAAACCAUGACUAUGCACUUUGCCAGUUCAUGGAUGAAUAUGUUGCAGAACAGGUCAAAAGCAUCAAGGAAUUCUCUGAUUACCUGCAAAAUGCAAAGAGAUGUGCUAAAGGAUUCGAAAUGUUUAAUUUCGAUGCUGAGUUCAAAAGUCUUACGAAGAAGUAUUAA